GCAUCUAGUUGUUCUCCAUAUACCACGACACGCUCACUAUCACUCUCACUGUCAACGCAAACAUUACCGUUGUUCUGGUGUUUCCACUCUUUCAGUGUCUUGUAUCUAUGUCAUCACCAUUUCACGAACGUAUAUGGAUGUCCUUGACGCACCAGGCGCGCUCUUGAUUGCCCCUGAACAAAAAGUCACUACGUCUUCACUUUUUUCCGAGGAGGCUUCAUCCUCGUCAAUCGAGUAUCUUGAGAUAAAAUCAAAGGCUUCACAUUAUCACUUUGAUGUCCAACGUGAUCCGACUAUCUUAACCAGAGCUCACUAUCCGCUGUUUAGUUUCAUGACAAUUGGCCCAACCCAACAGGAUGUCAAGUCGUUUACUCCCCCCCGAUUGGGGACUGCAAUCUACAUCGCUAAUCAUUUUAAUGUAGUAGUACAAAGGGGCGUGUACUAAGACGGCGGCAAGCUUCUCGUUUGACUAUAUUUCAACUGGUAUUCCAAGCUGUCAACAUCACAAGGAUACAUGUUCACCUGAUCAACGUCCGGCGAAAAAAGUAGUCGACGUCUUCGGCCUUCCACACUGCGAUGGG